CUGGCAUGGCUUCCUCUGCCUCCGUCUCCGGGAGAGGAGGAGGCUUCCUCUUGCCGCCGGCCGCGGUGGCGGCGGCGGUGCUGCUAGCGGUGGCGGUGGUACAUGCGCGGGGGGCUCCCGCGGCGCCGUGCGUUCCGCGGGUGUUCAGCUUCGGGGACUCGCUGGCGGACACGGGCAACUUCCCCUUCCUCUACGGCAACGACUCCCGCGAGCCCGCGCUCAGGACGCCCUACGGGGAGACAUUCUUCCGCCGCGCCACCGGCCGCUUCUCCGACGGCCGCCUCAUCGUCGACUUCAUCGCGGACACGAUGGGGCUGCCGUUCGUGCGGCCGUACCUGAGCGGGCGAACCGCGGAGGACUUCGCGUCCGGGGCCAACUUCGCGGUCGGCGGCGCCAUGGCGCUGGGCCCGGACUUCUUUCGGGGGAGAGGGGUGCCCAUGGGCGACCGCAUGCACCUCGGCGUCGAGAUGAAAUGGUUCCACGACCUGCUCGAUCUGCUCUGCCCCGCCGACCGGGCUGAUUGCAUGGGCAUGAUGAAUCAAUCUCUCUUCUUGGUUGGAGAAAUUGGGGGCAAUGAUUACAACAUACCUCUUCUCUCUAGGGUUCCCUUUGAGAAGAUUCGCACGUUCACUCCGAGUGUUGUUGCCAAAAUUUCUUCUACAGUCACUGAGUUGAUUGGUCUGGGAGCCAAAACAUUGGUAGUUCCUGGUAACCUCCCCAUCGGGUGCGUUCCAAACUACCUGAUGAUAUUCAAGAGUGACAAGAAGGAAGAUUAUGAGCCAGAGACUGGUUGCCUACGGUGGAUGAACGAAUUCUCGAAGUACCACAACAGACUUCUCAUUGAUGAGUUGGAAAAGUUGCGCAAGCUUCAUCCUGGCAUGUCAAUAAUCUAUGCCGAUUACUAUGGAGCUGCUAUGGAGAUCUACCGUUCCCCCGAACAAUUUGGGAUUGAUCACCCUUUAGCAGCAUGCUGCGGUGGAGGAGGACCCUAUGGUGUGUCCAUGACUGCAAGAUGUGGAUAUGGAGAAUACAAGGUGUGUGAUGAUCCACAAAAGUAUGGAUCAUGGGAUGGUUUCCAUCCCUCAGAAGCUGCAUAUAAGGGCAUCGCAAUUGGCCUUCUAAGAGGAACAUACACACAGCCUUCAAUUUCUACCACCAUCAGUUCAUGCCCACAACUUACUGAACUUGGCUCUUCCGUUGAAUACAAGGUCCUCUAUGAUUUGUAACUCUGUAACUUAUUUUUUUUGUUUCUACUCCCUCUGUCCCAAAAUAAGUGUCUCAAGGUUAGUACAACUUUGUACUAAAGUUAGUAUAAAGUUGAGACACUUAUUUUGGGACGGAGGAAGUAUUAAUUAAUUAUAGAAAUAUGUUUACUUAGAGAUGUACAGAUUAUGACAUUUUGCCUAAUUACAGAACUGCGGUACUGUUCUACA